AUGGGCAUAGACAACUGGUUAUUACUAGGUCGGCUGAAAAGGGCAGUGAAGAAAAUCAAAUUUCUAUUAAAUUUCGAUAUUAGCAGAUGGAAACUCGCGGCGGCGAUCGGAGCUUCAUCGAGCAAGCGCCAGCUGAGCUUCAAUGGCCGGCCGGGCUUGACGGCGUGCACCGAUGAUCCGGACCCGAAUGAUUCGGGUUCUUCACAUGGGCUUCAAAGGACAAUGAGUGUUCGCUCUGAAGAUGAUAUUGAUAAGAGGGCUGAACUUUUUAUAGCAAACUUUAAAAAGCAGCUACAGUUUGAGAGACAAAUCUCUUUGCAGCUAAGGUACUGCAGGGGUAAUAGCUUCGAAUCAGCUUCUCCAUCUCCACGAGGAGAGAGGCUCAAGAGGAUGACAAAAAAGGGGACCUUAUUGUCUGGGGAAAACUCUGGAGGCUCCAUGGCCAAUGUUUUUGGCUCCUCUUCAUUCAAGCUGGUCGGUGGACAAGGAGGCGGCGGAGCAAGCUUUGCCAUCGCAAGGGGGCUGGGCAACACUCAUGGGUUGGCCUGUCAAAAUUCAACACGACAUGAUUAA